AUGCCGCCAUUACCUUCUUUACUAAAUAAUUACAUUAUAAAAACAAAUAUUAAAAUUAAUACGAGUAAUUUUAAAACGCAUUGUAAAUCAUGUGUCGAUGCUUUAGGGGAAGAGGAAGGAAAAAAAGUUUAUUUUCCAAAUAAAAAAGACCAAAAUGAAGAAUUAUCUAUUUCUGAAGAGGAUUUUGGAGAAUAUCUUCAAGGAUGGGCUGAGUUAUUAGAAGAAGAGCAAGACAACGAAGAUCAAGUAAAUAUUGAAGAUUUAGAUGAUAUAGUUCAUCCCGCUUUAGAUAAAGAUGCUAAAUGGCAACUGGAAAACCUGUUUGUUACAUUAGAGCUACCAUUACAGUAUUAG